GGCCGUCGUCGACCUUUUCCUCUGGCGUUCUUAUCACUUGCACUUGGUGGUGCCCGCAGCCGAUUAUUUUUCUAGAAAUACCAUCAGUUUUCUGGUUGCCGUCGCUUUUCUCUAACCGGUCAAGCUCUCCGACAUAAAUUUGACGCUCACGAUGGCCGCUUCCACCAGGGUUUUCUCCAGAAUCGCAGUAUGCAAUUUAAUGGGUAUACGAUCAUCAUCAAAUACAGUUGAUCCACGCAUCUAUGCAGAAACAAGAAAAAAUUUACUUCUCACUAAAGAUACUAAAGUAAUUUGUCAAGGAAUGACUGGUAAACAAGGAACAUUCCAUUCUACUCAGGCUAUUGAGUAUGGAACUUGUAUGGUAGGCGGUGUCUCCCCUGGCAAAGGUGGAAAAACUCAUUUAGGUUUACCAAUUUUCAAUUCAGUCAAAGAAGCAAGAGAUGAAACCGGAGCGGAUGCUACAGUUAUUUAUGUACCACCACCAGGCGCUGCAAAAGCAAUCUYAGAAGCUAUUGAUGCCGAGGUUCCUUUAAUUGUUUGUAUUACAGAAGGGAUUCCCCAGCAAGAUAUGGUACGAGUGAAACAUAAAUUAAUCAGACAGAACAAAUCUAGAUUACUUGGACCUAAUUGUCCUGGAAUCAUUGCUCCGGAACAAUGUAAAAUUGGUAUUAUGCCUGGUCAUAUCCAUUUGAAAGGAUCUGUUGGAGUUGUAUCUCGGUCAGGUACACUUACUUAUGAAGCAGUUCAUCAAACAUCUCAAGUUGGUCUUGGACAAACGCUUUGUGUUGGAAUUGGUGGUGAUCCAUUCAAUGGUACUGAUUUUAUAGAUUGCUUAGAAGUAUUUUUACAAGACCCAAAUACACACGGUAUUAUUUUGAUUGGUGAGAUUGGUGGUCUACAAGAAGAAAUGGCUGCUGAGUAUUUAAUUGAACAUAAUACUGGUCCAAAUGCUAAACCAGUUGUAUCAUUCAUUGCUGGAUUAACAGCACCGCCUGGUCGCAGAAUGGGCCAUGCUGGAGCAAUCAUAUCUGGUGGAAAAGGUGGAGCUCAAGACAAAAUAAAUGCAUUAGAAAAGGCUGGUGUGGUCGUUACUAGGAGCCCAGCUGCUAUGGGCAUUGAACUAUCUAAAUUGAUGAAGAAAUGAAUUCAUAAAUUGUUUGUUGGAUGUUAGUUUGGUAUUAUAUUUAUAAACUAUGGUGAUAUAGAAUUUAUGCGUUUUACUUUUGCCUUGAUUAGGUUAAAGUGGCUUUGUGUUGGAAUAAUGAUUACAUCAUUUUCCCUAUCAAUUUAAAAUUCCAUUUCACCAUACAAAGCAGUACAAUGGUCCUUUUCAAUCUUUCGAAAUAUAUUUCAGUAAAAAACUAUUAUAACUACAAUAUUUUGAUUUUGCUAGAUAACCUUUGAAAAAUAAAUUAAUAAUUAGCACAAAAAAAAGAAAGUUAUUAGCUGCACUUCUGAUUAGAUUAAUUAAAUCUGUUGAAUUGUACUGUUGAAAUUUGUAUUUUUGUCAUAGUAUUAAAACMUAACGUUUUGUUAUUUA